AUGGGAGUCAGCCUGGACACCCCAGUAGCCCAGAUAGUACGUCAGUGGUCUCGGUGGCCGACGGCCGCACAGUAUGCGUCCAACGAAGACCGCGGAGACCGUCAACAACUGCACCUCCGCACCAUCAACAGCUUCGCCGGCAUACGCGCUGGCGCUGUUGACACAUACCAGGAAAAGAGCCCUCAUGACAGAGAGCCGCCCCGUACCUCAUGGCUCUUUCAUGUGGAACUGACGAGGGACGUGGCCGGCGACUUGCAAACCGCUGUGCGCGUGCGCAUCCUCACGUACAGCCGCGAAUUCACCCCAAAUGUGAAAGCGGCCACCGAUUCAGAUGGGCGUGCGCAGCCGCAUCCGAGACGGACACUGUCUGUGAAAGCAAAGCUCUGCGCCUUCGUGUCGCGCGGUGCCCGCCUGCUGCUCUACUACUUCCCGCUUGCUGUCAUCUUCCGCAUUUGGCAUCCUAGCGCGGCAUUUACUCGAUGGUUGGGUACGCAGAGAAAGAAACAUUCUACAAAAAGUGAUGGGUUGUGGCAAGCGCGGAACUCAGUGGUCAGCCAUUACAGGAGGAUUCGAGCUGAUGACCGAAGGGAAACGCAGCGACUGGACACUGAGGGCGACGUGCGUGCUGACGCCUGCCUCAUACACGCAGGCCUGGAGUAUUCAGCUACUCGAUCCGCCGCUGCAGAUGCAGCUCUGCUGCAGCGUUGGCGCUUCUGUGCUCCGGACCUCGCGUCCCGCCAUUGCAACACAGCUGCGCGCUUGCACAUGUGCGGUAUAUUUAGGAGGUCCAGCACCUUUAUCGGUCUUCGUAGGCUCCUGCGCAGCUGGGGUACUAUUGGCGAGAACAUUCCUGCACACGUACUUCUUUACCCCGAGACACCUGCAUUAUCGCCCGCUGAAGGCCGCCCGCAUUGGGUGCCACCUCGGUGCUCCAAAUUGCUGUCGCCUCUCUCCAACACUACCCAACACAUUCAUGAGCACGUCGACGGGGGCUCCAAAUUGCUCCCGCCUCUCUUCAACGUUACUCAACAUAUCCAUGAGCACGUCGUCAGGCGCUCGCCCUCCCUCUCGCCCUCCAAAUGCUGUGACAUUCAUGCGGUGCCCGCGAACAGCACCCUUCACUUCUCUCUGUCUCACCGUGAACACACAUUUGGAGACAUAUACGCUGUGAGGUUUCUCUCUCGGAUCCUAUCACCGCGCAUUCGCACCCUGUUACACAUGUGCCCCUGA